AUGGUGUUCAUGUCAACCACACGUGUGAAAGAAAAACAACAGGAAGUGAAGGCCAUGUUAAAGCAGGAGGAUGGCGAGGUGCUGGCAGAGCGCUGUGGAGACCGGGAACAAUGUGAUAUCAAAGCACCGCCAGAGAUCCGCAGUGGCACGGCCUCCUCCUCCUCCAUCUUCAGAAACUGCCCUCCAGGUGGCUUUGAUAUGAGUUUAUCCACCGGUCGGUCCUGGGGUGGAUGGGGCUUUUGUGGCGGCUUAAAGUCUCUUGAUGGAUUCUGCUCUUUGUCGAUGCUGUUGAGACGGGUUUCCAUGGUGAGAAAAGGUGGGAGGCAGGAGUCUGGUUUUAAUGCGAUGGGUGUGGCAUCGAUGGAAGCCUGUAAGAUACUUCCAAACAACACUGGACCCACCGUAUUAAAUCCAGAACACUGCCUGAUUUCUCCUCUAUUCCUUGCAGAUGUUCUCAUCAAAACUGUGGACAGCGUGUUCGUGUUCCAGGAGGGAGUGGAGAGCGACACCAAUGCGGCUGCUGCGUACGACGCUAUAGUGGUGGAACAAUGGACAAUCAUUGAUGGUUUACAGGUGAAGACAGACUAUAUUCCCCUGCUGCAGUCGCUGGCUUCAUUUGGAUGGAGACUCACUUGUGUGCUGCCUACACCCAUCAUCAAGACGAACAGUGAUGGCAGUUUGGCCGCCAAGCAGAUCGUUUUCCUCCAGAGACCAGUGCUGCCUCGCAAGAAGAAGGAAUCCAAGAAAGUCAUCUUUAAAGCACGGAACAAGUCCAACAAGAACUCGGUCAAAGACGCACCAAAGAACAAGAAGAAGAAAGACUCCACGUCCACCGUAGAGAAAGAGAUAAGUGAUCAAAAGCAAUGUGAUGGAGCCGAGAAGAGCGCUGAAGAGACAAAUACAAGUGUGAAUGAACGACGGGAGGAAAACCAGAAUAAUGAGGCUGAUGCUGAAGUGCAGAGUGAACAGAAAGAGGACAGAGAGGAAGGGAACGAGACACAGGAAGGGACAGUCGGAGCAGGCAGGGAAAAACAAGAAGCGGUGGGCAGAAAUAGCGAGAGAGACGGAAAUGCUAAGGAUGAGGUAGAUGUUAAAGAGGAAGAGCGUAGUGUGAAAGCAGAAGCUGAAAUGGGGUCGUGUCAAGACAAGGCCUCACCUACAGCACAAGAAACAGGACGACAGGACGAUGAGGUGGACAAACAGGAAGACAGCUCAGCCAAUCAGGAUUGAGGACGCACUCACACCCACCAGGCCAAUGGAAGUGGACCUUUAUGAAUGUUCUAAUUGCUACGCUGCAAAAAAUCACUUUGCUGAUCGAUAUUUUAUCUUGUUUUCCAGUAUCGAAACUAAAGGCUAAACAUGUCUUGUUUUAUUGAUCUUUAGAUACUCAAGACGAAAGUGUAGCUUACGGUUUCAGACAGGUAAACUGUCAUGCAAACACCUCACCUGACAUUUCCACCUCUUGUAACCAAUGCUGAACAUUUAACUCACCGCUGGUGAGCGGGCGAUAACAUCCCUUCCCCAUCAAUGAGCCGAAAGGACUCCGGUAUCCAGGAAGAGGGAGGAGAGAUGGGAAGAGAUUGUUAUCGGUAAAUGCACUGGAUGGGAAAACCACAUUAAUAUUUACUCAAUGAGCCCAGAGGGCCGAGACAGACUCGAAGACAGCAUCUCAGACGCGCUCCGAGGAGAAGGUUACUGUUGCGAGAAGCAAUCUAUUGUAAUGUAAGGUGCAUUUGUUUGUGUAUGUUUUUGUUUACGUUUAUAUGAAUAUUUCAUAUCACCGUCCAAACGAAAGGGUCAGCUUCUCGAAAUUUAAGAGGAGAUUCACAACCUGGUAGAGAAUCAUACUGGGAAUAUUUCUAUUAAGUUCGUUGUGCAAUAGGGGCAACUUUUUAUUGGUUUGGUUGUUGGCAUUCAGAGCGUAUCCACCGCUGGUUUAAAGGAAUAACUCGCACAGAAAUAAAAAUUCUGUCAUUAUUUACUCACCCUCAUGUUGUUUCAAAUAUGUAUGACUUCAUUCCAUGGGAAAAGUGAAUGAAGACUGGGGCUGUUGUAUGGAAACCCAUUUCUGCCACGUGAGAAAAAAAAAGAAUGCAUUAGUAAAUCAAAAUUCAUGAUUAUGAGACAAAAAUUCAAAAUCAUAACACACUAAAUCAUAAUUAUGAGA